AACAGCUGGUUAGCAUUGUUGGCUAUGAGGCUAGCAGGCUCGCUGUGUCUCUGCCGUGUAUUACGAUGGCAGCUGAACCAAAACAUUAGCACGAAAGCUAAAGUAAAACAAUGCGGUGUGAUUAAUUAGAACGAUAAUAGUUCCGUUUAAGGGCUGUGCUAAUUACUAGCCAGUUUGCUAACGAUUAGCGAGCCCGGCUAGCCGCGCCCCCAACAACAACAACAGCUGCUGUCAACACUGAAUUCUUCCUCAUUAGCAGCAGCAAAGUUUCGCCGCAAAAACGUUCAUUUAAAAGAAACCCAAAUGGAAACAAACGCACCGAAGCGAAGAGAUAACAAGAAGUCACUGCGUGUGAAGGUAAUAAGCCUCGGAAAUGCCGAGGUUGGAAAGAGCUGCAUUAUCAAACGUUACUGUGAGAAGAGGUUUGUUCCCAAGUACUUGGCCACUAUUGGCAUCGACUAUGGCGUCACCAAGGUGCAGGUUCGCGAUCGAGAAAUCAAAGUGAACAUCUUUGACAUGGCUGGUCAUCCUUUCUUCUAUGAAGUGCGUAACGAGUUCUAUAAGGACAGCCAGGGGGUGCUGCUGGUCUAUGACGUCGGCCUCAGGGAGAGUUUCGACGCUCUCGAUAGCUGGCUGGGCGAGAUGAAACAGGAAAUGGGCUCUCAGGCCAACAUGGACAGCAUCGUGUUCAUCGUAUGUGCCAACAAGGUGGACCUGACAAAGCGGCGGGUGGUGGACGAGGGGGAGGGGCGUCUGUGGGCGGAGUCCAGGGGGUUUCAUUACUUUGAAACGUCAGCACAGAGCGGCGAGGGCAUCAACGAGAUGUUUCAGGCGUUCUUCUCGUCCAUCACCGACAUGUGUGAGAACGGUGGGAAGCGUCCGGUGUCUGAGGUCAGCGUCGGCUUCACCAAAGAGCAGGCCGACACCAUCCGACGCAUCCGAAACAGCAAGGACUCCUGGGAUAUGCUGGGCGUGAAACCCGGCGCCACGCGGGAGGAGGUGAACAAGGCGUACAGGAAGUUGGCAGUACUGCUUCACCCGGACAAAUGCGUCGCCCCCGGCAGCGAGGACGCCUUUAAGGCCGUGGUGAACGCCCGCACGUCACUGCUGAAGAACAUAAAAUAACAGAGACACACCUGAAGCCUCAGACAGACCGGACCUCCCGUCACUCAGACAUGGACCUCAGAAUGACGCCGCCGUGUGAACAGUGUUUAUUUAUUCCCGUAUUUAUUUAGUGUAACGGUCUCGUGUGCCAUGUUGCUUGCCACAGUGCUGUAUGCCAACAUAACGUCUGGUUUCUGACCAGUUUUAACUUAUUUACUACAUUUUAUCUCAAAACUGUGUUUUAAUGAGAGAGUGAGCGUAUGGAAGAUGAUCAGCGCCCCCAAAAAUAUGCUUCUGGGGUUGUGAUCAUGAAGAACAAACUGUGUGUGUGUGUGUGUGUGUGUGUGUGUGUGUGUGUGUGUGUGUGUGUGUGUGUGUGUGUGUGUGUGCGUGCGUGUGUGCGUGUGCGUGUGUCUCCGAGUUAACGUCUUCGUUCUUCCUCUUGGUGAUGUCAGCAGAGCGGCGGGUCAAAGGUCAGUGUUCACGUCAAGAGCUGAACGAGCCUCCAGCUUUGAUCCAGUCAGUAAAGUUUCAUUAAAUCCGACCUGAACUCGCUCGUUUUAAACGUUUAAAGUAAUUAAAGCUCGUCUCCGCCCCCUCCGUCCCAUUCGCUGCCAAAUCAGUAGAAGUUAAAGGUGAGAUGUAAUUAAUUUGCAUGUUUCAGUCAGAGUCACCUUGAACUUUUAUACUUUUCAUGUGGCCAAACUCCUCGUCCCGAAUGUCCCUCGACAAGCACUCUGUCCUCCGCUGAUGACAUCACCGGCCCCUGGGUAGCGAUUGGUCGAUGGAGCCACGAAACUAAACUAAAACCGAGAGGUUGAUGGAGAAAGGGCAGCUGGUUGUGACAGUCGAUGGAGGUCGACACCACCUGCUGCUGUUUGUUCAAGUGGACGAAACCUGUCCGGAUCCUUUUGUUGUGUUUUUAAUUUGAUCCCUCAAAUUCCCAUUUUUCUUUAGAAAUUUCAAACCUUAAAUGAUCAACUUGUUCCCUUCAUUUCCUUUUUUUCAUAGGUCAUAAUUUCUGAAUUUACAGCUUGCAGCGUUUUUUGACUAAAUUGUGCUCAAACUGUCAAAUGUUUCCAUUAAACUUUUCAUUUGUUCCCUCA